UUAGGGUCCCAGACGCGGUGCGGACUGUGCGCCGCUGCACAGAUCUACACAGCAUGUGGAUCUCCAUGGUAGCGCUGUGAGGCCGAUCCAGGAGCACUGAAGUCAGUUGGGCUUGGCCGGAACAGCAUACUGACCACAAUAACGCAGUCAUUACUUGGCGUACAUAACUUUGUAACCAAAUAUAAAUGCUGCUUUAUUCAUUUCUCCGUCUGCACUUCUGCUGAGGACGCUUCUAGAAGCAUCUCAAUGUUCAGUAUGGCAGGCUGUGGAGAAGUGGACUGCUCAGUGAAUGCCCAGACUGCAUCCAAGCUGAAAGAAGACGUAGGAGAUGCAGACCCUUCCAGUACCACCACCCCAGAGUGUGCCAUCUGCCUGCAGAGCUGCGUCCACCCAGUACGCCUCCCGUGCUUCCAUGUCUUCUGUUACCUGUGUGUGAAAGGUGCCUCCUGGCAGAGCAAGCGCUGUGCUCUUUGCAGACAAGAAGUCCCAGAGGACUUCCUGGAGCGGCCAGUCCUCCUCUCACCUGAGGAACUAAAAGCAGCCGCUGCAGGGGUGAACCGCAGUGGAGGGACCGCGGGCAGUUCACGCGGAGAAUAUGCAUGGUACUAUGAAGGACGCAAUGGCUGGUGGCAGUAUGAUGAGAGGACAAGCUGUGAGCUGGAGGAGGCCUUUGCAAAGGACAGGAAGACCACAGAGAUGCUAAUUGCAGGAUUUCUUUAUGUGGCUGACCUGGAAAACAUGGUGCAAUAUCGCCGGAAUGAGCAUGGCCGUAGACGCAAGAUAAAGCGGGACAUUGUAAAUAUCCCCAAGAAGGGAGUUGCAGGACUAAGGUUAGAUCCCGAACCUGCCCCCAUUCCUGCUGUACCAGCUGUCACCCCAGCUGCAACAGAACGCGUCAGCUCAGCUGAUGGAUCGGACACUGAUGGCCAAUCACAGUCUCAGUCCUUUGGGAUUCUGGCAUCUCUUCCCCCUAUUAGACCCCCGACACUCCUGGGACGCCAUCUUACCAAUCCCCGUGCUCCCUCACCCUCAAGUGUUGAAGAAUCUUUCUCCCAGCUCCUCAUCACCCAGCCAGAGGGCGAAGAGGUGGAAGGAGAUGAGGAGCUACAGACGUAUGACUAUGCAUCCGGCAGCAGUGAGAGCGAGGAGGAAAGGGAGUGCGAGAGAGAGAGAGCAGAAUCGAGGCCACAGAGACACAGGCAAAGGCCGCUAAGAGAUAACCAGCCAGCCAGGAUGCCUCCAAGAGGCGGGCCCUCCAGCUCUGCACUGAGUCUCCGCUCACGUAGUCCUGAUGGACAGUGCACUGUGACAGAAGUGUAACUGCUACUGGACAAUGGUAUCUGUUCUACAGAUGACAGUGCUUAAACUUUUAUCAGGUCUGCAAAAAAAGUACCAGUAACCAGUAUGCAUCUUUAAAGGUCCCAUGAAAUGAAAAACCUGUUAGUGUGUUGUUUUUGUCUCACUGGGUUUAUUUGCCCCAUUGAGUGUGCCAAAAAGUGAUCCUUAAAUUUUAAAGUAAUGGUAAUUCUGUGUAGGAUCCAGUACACUGUUUCUUCAAAACCUGCAGGUCUACAAAGGAAACUGCCAGUAGCAGUCACACGCUGUUGUUAGAUGGCCGCUCUCUCCCGACCAAGUAACUGGCAUAGACAAAAAAAAAAGCUUCCUUUUUUCAGUUUAGUAUAAAAUGGAAAUAUAAGGGUCAAAUUACUAUGUCAUAUGGAGAUAUAAACAAGCCUUUUUACCAUAUCAUAAGUACAAAGUACAGUAGUGUGGACUGCAGAUGUGAUGGAGAAUGCACAGUGUGGUAAUUUUAUUGAAUUCCUAUUUAAUGGGUUGCUGGCAAAUCAUCCGCACAUGUGAUGGAGGAGAGCUGCAUUGCAACCCUAGGUAAAACUUUAAAACCAUUUUAUGGGACCUUUAAUACAUGAAAUAAAGCCUUUUGUUCAAGACUUUAAAAGCUAGUUUCAGCCAGCAAUACAUUAAACAACUAUACUUAUGCAUUGCUCUCAGCAACAGUUUAUGUAGUGAAGCAUAGCAGUGUUGUUUUAGGCCAAAAAAGGUGACAAACUCUGGCCACAAUAUUAUCUGUCACUGCCUUUACAUUGGUUCAUGAAAUUGCAAUACAACCUCUUUAACUUUGUUCUCAAAUCAUUUGAGCUAAUGGUUAAUGUGGCUGAUAUUUUUGUAUGUUUAUUUUCUGAGUGAUGGUGUAAAAAUGAAGCUUAAAUGUAGCAGCUAACAGAGGAUUAACCUGCUCACCUUUUCCUGCUUUGCUGAUUAGGUUUUUUGAAGUUUAAUAGGCCCUAAUUAAUAUUUAAACUGGAGUUUGUGUGUAUCUGUUUAAGUGUAUGAGGGGUGACACUUAAUUCCCUCUGUUUAAGUGUGAAAGUCUUGUUUUAUAAUGCUGUGUUUGUGUUGUUGAGUGGACUUGGGUGCUGAAAAGCUACUGGCAGAACCACUGGAAAGUAUUAGGCUAUAUAUGUAGAGGGACAUAUUUGGAUUUCUUGUCAUAGUACUCUCGAUAGUGCUACUAUCAGAGCACUGGCACUGACAUGUACUUGGACAAUCUCAAGCUGUCCUCACACGCUCUGUUUUCCCUUUAUGCCUCAGCUGCUGUUAUUUUAACUGUCGACUUGUCACUGUUGGUGUCUUUCCAUCUGAGUUCUCUAAAACAAACAUCUGUCUGUGUGGUGUUGCCCCUGUGGUGUUUUGUCCAGUUAUUAAAUAUCUAUAAUUUAAA